UAUGUUUAAUGACAGCGCCUUAAGGAAGUUUAAACAAACCCUCAGGCUAUGCGACAAUGCACCUUCGAAGGAAAAUACAACUUCUUUCUUCUGUUAUGUGCCCCUCGUGACAAAUCUAGUGUAAGUGAUGCAUGGCAAUGAUAAAACGUAUAAAUGCAUGCUUACCAGGAAGGUACUUCUCAUUCUAACAAGCAAUGGAUAACGACACAAUUCUAUCGGACAAGCUAGACAAGUGGAACAGUGACCUAGCCAGAGGACUGACUCCCAACAAUGUCAUCCUUUCACUGUACAUAGUUAUUGGUCUGCUAGGAAACUCUACAGUGAUUCUGAUCUACGGCUUCAAGAUGAAAGGAAACAAAGAAGAACGAUAUUUCAUCCCAUUUCUUGCCACUGCAGACUUUUGGGCUUCCCUCGUUUGUGCUUCAUUCGGAAUCGCUCUUAAUAAUAUGCAGGCACAGUUCACCAACAAUAGUUUGUGUAAAGCCUGGUGGUUUUUCGCGGCCUACACAACGUUUUGUUCAAUCUUUUUAUUAUUGAUCAUUGCCAUUCAUCGGUAUCUUAAGGUCUGUAGACCAUUAGGAAGACAAAUGACAUUGAAAUGGAAACGGUUUGCUAUGUGCAUGGUUUUGGUAGUCGCGUUUGCUCUAUCGGCCCCUAUGACAUAUUUCUAUGGUUCAGUGUCUUUUCCAAACGAAGAAGAGGGAAUCGUCGGACUGAGAUGUAGUAGAUUGAAAACCGUAAAUAAAACAGAGUCGUUGAUAUUCGGAGGCGUUGUUGUACUUACUGCCAUAUCGAUCAUCAUUUCCCUCAUUUGCUUUUACGCGAGAAUAGGGUACACUAUUAUCAAACAUUUUAAGUACAACAAAGCAGUAGGGAAGAAGGACAAUACAAUUGGCACAGAAAAGCCAAGUCAGAGCAAGAACUCGCAGGUACAUCAUUCCAGUAGUGAUGGACACUUAAGUGAAACGGACACUGGAUUCCAAUCCGUAGAGACAGACAACACCGAGCUCUCUGGUACAAAUAAUGCAGAACCGACUAGCGGAGUAAUUCUGACAACAAACACAAUUAAAGAAUCGAAACCAAACACGUUUAAGUCAAGUGCAAAGCGGAGAAAAGAGCAAACUAACAAGAAAGUUGUUCACAAAUUUACUCUGAUGUUUAUGCUGAUCACUGUUAUUUUUCUUAUUUGUUACAUCCCAAAAGUGAUUAUUAUGCUGUUAGAAGCAAGAAACACGAGGUUCUGGGAGGAGUUUUCAGAUUCGGCUAGAGCUGGUAUGCUUUUUGUAUACAGAAUGUAUAUAAUUAAUAACAUCACAAAUCCAAUUAUAUAUGCAUUCCUGGACCAUCAGUUUUUAAAAGAAAUAAGGAUGUUGUUUAGAAUUUGUAAAUAAAAGAGUUUUUUAUAUAUUAUUUUGGUCUUUUGAUAUGCAGCAUUGUUUAUCGUGUGUUUUUUUUGCAUUUUUAUUUUAAUUUAGUCAAUCUUUAUGUUUAUUAUACAUGGUAAAAUAUUUGUUCAUAGACGAUAUUCAUUUCAUCACUCAAUAAACAAACAAUUUGUUGUUUCAAUCCAAUGGUUUAAACCAAAAGUUAAAACUAUUUAUUUCUGUUUGAUCUCUAUUUUCUUCAUCAAUUUUUUAAACAAAAAUACAGUUUAUUUAAUAUUAUUUCAAAUAAAAUGAUCUUUUCUAUUUAUCGUUUAUAUACAUGUACGUUUCAUGUAAUGUACGUCAUCAAAUGUUUAAUAUUGAUAUAGAUGAAAAUGUGUAAAUAUGUUAUAUUGUUGAUUACAUGUACCUGCAUGCAAAAAGUUUCGUUGACUCUUUUUAUCAUGUGUCAUUUCGCUCUUGUUUGUUUGAUUGUUUAUGCCUUGAUAUUUUUAUUGUGCAUCUUUUCCAUCACUAAAACGUAAAGAAAACGGAGCACUUUGGAGAAUAAUUGACAAUUGACACUCAUAACAUUACAUAAUUUUUGAAUGAAAAAGAAGCGUUUUUCUCACUUUGUUCUCAUAUUUCAUUUUGUCGGUGCUUCCUUGAUAGGAAUGAAAAAAAUGAAAGAGGCACAAAGAUAAGAGACACUUAACUUAUUUGUUUUGAAACAAAUGGAUGGUGUAAAGUUGUGUGACUAAUAGCAAUCACUGUGUGAAGUGGUAGCAUGAAUAAUGAAACUUGAAACAUUUCAUAUUUGUUAUGUUCUAUUGUAGAUAUGUCGAAGUGUAAAUAUGAAGGCAAAUAUGAAUAUGAAAGAUUGUUGUCUGUGCUUAACUAAAGUCGACUUUUAAUAAAUAUGAUUUGAUUAUGCA